AUGGGGAACCAGCGCCCUGCGCGCCAGCCCGUCCCCAGCUGCCACCCGAGAUACGAGGACCUUGUGUACCAUGGCUCUUUAAAAGCUCACCCACCUGGCACUACUGGACAUUACAGCACGCUGCCGUGGCUUGGAGACGUGGCCAUCCGUGGCUUGGAGACGUGGCUGCUGAGAGCAGUGAUCAAGUGGAAACCCCAGGAAGCCUUCAACCAGACCCAGUCCAGCCCGCUCCUACGAGACCCUGUGGAGGGGAGGAAUUGCACCAAUUCCACCAGGAACCUGAGGCUGCUGGAUACCACUGGCGCCGCCUGGUACAUCCUCGCCAUCAUCGGCAUCUAUGGUGUGAUCUUCAUCUUCCAGAUGGCCAGCAACAUCCUCAGGAGAGAUGAGAGGUCCUUGGACGACAUUUACUACUCAAACUUAACUUCUGAACUCGAAAGGAAAGGAGGGUUUCAGAGCAAAGUGGCCGAGUGUUCUCUCAUCAUCAGGAACCCCGCUGCCCAUCAGCCUCAAGAUGGCCUGGAACCAAAGGGUGAGUGAGGGUGACAGGC